GGCGGGGCGUCGCGUGAUGACGUCACUGGCGGGGUCGUGAGGUGUUGAUUAUUCGCCUCAGCGUCGACAAAAUAGCAGCGCAGUGACCGCGGAGAAAAAUCGGCGAGAGCCGGAAUAAACCACUCUCCCUGCCCGCUACUGGGAGCGCCGACCCUGCCUGAGCGGAGACCGCAGAGGAUCGAGCCCGUGUAGAGCUUCAUUUUCGGUUUUUCUUUUUCCCCUCAGGAGCCAUUUUCUAAGCGGUGAAGAGGCCGGAGACAGCGGCUUGGCCAUGGCGUACGCGUACCUCUUCAAAUACAUCAUUAUCGGAGAUACAGGUGUGGGGAAAUCCUGUCUUUUAUUACAGUUCACAGAUAAACGCUUCCAGCCUGUGCACGACCUCACCAUUGGUGUAGAGUUUGGAGCACGGAUGAUCACCAUAGAUGGCAAACAGAUAAAGCUUCAAAUCUGGGACACGGCCGGUCAGGAGUCGUUCCGUUCCAUCACCAGGUCUUACUACAGAGGAGCCGCCGGAGCUCUACUCGUCUAUGACAUCACAAGAAGGGACACCUUUAAUCACCUGACCACCUGGUUAGAAGACGCUCGUCAACAUUCCAACUCCAACAUGGUCAUCAUGCUGAUCGGGAAUAAGAGUGAUUUGGAGUCGAGGAGAGAGGUGAAGAAGGAGGAGGGAGAGGCCUUCGCUCGGGAACACGGCCUAAUCUUCAUGGAGACUUCAGCCAAGACCGCCUCCAAUGUAGAGGAGGCAUUUAUCAACACAGCUAAGGAGAUUUAUGAGAAGAUUCAGGAGGGCGUGUUCGACAUCAACAACGAGGCGAAUGGGAUCAAAAUCGGGCCGCAGCACGCUGCCACUAACUCCACACUGGCUGGAGGACAGGGAGGACAGCAGGCUGGGGGAGGCUGCUGCUGAAUUACCACUUUUACCCCUUCAUUCUACCCCCAUCCCUUCAUCCCUUUAGUCCAUCCCACUUGUUUAUACUGGACUGGUCGCUCUCACUAACGUUUUCUUAACCCUCAAAUACAAAUUGUGUACUAGAUGGCUGUAAACAAAAAAAUCCCCAAAAAGGAUCAUCCUCCUGCAGAAGAAGCCGAGGUAGAGAAGUGGUGAGAAGCUGAUGGAGCAGGUGGAGCUCUCUGUGCUCAGCUGCAGCAGGUUCCUGAUCGUGCGGUUAGCUAGCCCCCCUGAGCCGCAAGGCCAUGCUGGUGAAUAUUAUCUUCAUGUUUGUGGAUUUCUUUUUGUUUUGUGCCCUUCUUUUGUUGACUUUGAGCUGAAUUGUAUUAAACACUACAAAGUCAUCUCUAGUAUUUUAAUCAGCGUGUGUGUGUGUGUGUGUGUGUGUGCGCGUGCGCAUGUGUGAGAUUAUGAGUCAUUCUGGACGAAGGGGCGUGUCCCAGCGCUCAUAUGAUUUUACUGAGCGACCACAAGGUCCUGGGUUAAUGAAGGGGGCGGGGCUUAGCAUGAGCAGGAAUCAGUUAUUUGGCAUCACAAUGCAGUAGUGAACAUCAGUGAGCAUCAGCUCGCUUUUUGACGUGACUAGCCGCUUCAUGUAGCUUACGUGCUAGCUGCUGGAUGUGUGACUUAGCAACAUAGCACAGAGACUAGCUGUGAUCUUCAGCCAGUGCUUGGUCAAAACAUUUAGAUCAUAAAUCCUGCCCCUGUCAGCACAGCUCUGCGCGUCACUCAGUAAAACGAGGUGUGUGUGUGUGUGUGUGUGUGUGUGUGUGUGUGUAAGAGAGUGAUGUAAUGAGCAGUUGUUGUUUUAAUGAAGGUGUGUAUUUAUCAGGACACUGUGUAUAUAGUGCUCGCUUCCUGCUUUGAUGUACAUUACAGUUACCUUACUGCCCUUUUUAACCCAACGCUGUGCGAAUAAAGCUUAAGAAUACAACAGUA